CCGGCCUCUGCCCCUCUCUGCCUCUCCGCCCGGUGGGCUCUGUGAUACUUCAUGGUGUUUGUGCCAUCUAGGGUUAUCCGCCGCUCCAUUGCAGUCUUUCUGGCGCAGAGACUUCGCACCGAGGGUCGCACCUCUCCAUCUCGCUCAAACAAUAUAUCUCCUUAAUUAUUGUAAACAAACAAACAAAAAACUUUCUUUUGGAUGUGCUAUGUUCACCUUUUCUUUAACUUUUCAUCUUGGAUGCGCUUUUAGGAGCCAAAGAGAAGCAAACAAUUACAAGGACAUGUUGUGAUUUUACUGUCAAGUAGCCUAACCAUACAACCCGCGGGGAGGAAUAGAAGAACGCCUGUGCCAUGUAGCAACCCUCUGGAAAUAGCCUACAUAGAGGAGCCCACACAGCAGCGAGCUGGUUAUUUUUACUUGAAGGGGAAACUACAAAUAUGCUGUGAAGCUCUUCGUCGCAGCUUGGCUCCCGGCAAAAGCGCAGGUUUCCAGAGCAUCUGCUGGUGGGAAACCCAGUCAAGGAGAGGAGUGCGAGAGAAGAAGCGACAUGCGGCUGACUGUGCUGCUGGUUUUGCAGUUCGUCUCCUGGAAUUAGUGGAUGAAUGGGAAGGGAGCGGCUGUAGCCUCGAACCAGAGAAACAGAAUAUACUGUGUAGAGCGUGCGGUGGCACACAAUGGAUACUUUCCCUCUCUGAAGGUGAAAGAGUGAACCGAUGAGGCGGAGGACUUCUUCCUCAGCACACACAGAGACACCUUGCAACGUUCAUCCGUGGGAGGAGGGGAAACACUUGGGAUUGUUGCCAGCAGGAGGAAUUCAAGGUGACCUGAGAGGUUAAACAGAGACAAAUGUGAUCAACCAUCAAGAGGAGUUGUACCAUUCGGACCCCUUCAUCUUGACAUGACUCGACAUGUGUUUGGAUAAAUGACUUGACCAUUGAUCGUUUUCCUUCUUCUUUUUCAUCGUGCCCUUUGAGGGUGAAUGUGUGGCCUAGAGGUGUUUCCGUUGGACCAUAUGGCACAAUACCACACAAUAUAGGUCCACUUUGUAUAAAUUAACAUGGACAAAGUGGUCAUCAGUCUCCUGCUUCUGGGAACCGCAGUUACGAUGGUCCAUGCAUGUCCCAAAUACUGUGUCUGCCAGAACCUCUCAGAGUCUCUGGGGACUCUGUGCCCCUCCAAAGGCCUGCUCUUCGUCCCCCUGGACAUCGACCGGCGAACUGUGGAGCUACGGUUGGGAGGCAACUUCAUCCUCAAGAUCACCACUCAGGACUUUGCCAACAUGACAGGUCUGGUAGAUCUCACCUUGUCCCGCAACACCAUCAGCGCCAUCCAGCCUUUCUCUUUCAUUGACCUGGAGACCCUGAGAUCCCUGCACCUUGACAGUAACCGGUUGACUGAGCUGGGACCAGACGAUCUCCGAGGGCUGGUCAACCUGCAGCACCUGAUCCUCAACAACAAUCAGCUGAGUCAGAUCUCCAAAGCAACCUUUGACGACUUGUUACUGACACUCGAGGAUCUGGAUUUGUCAUAUAACAACUUGCGCAGUGUGCCUUGGGAAGCCAUCCGCAAGAUGGUCAACCUCCAUCAGAUGAGUCUGGAUCAUAACCUCAUCUCCUUCAUUGCAGAGGGGACUUUUACAGAUCUGGAUAAACUGGCCCGCUUGGACCUCACCUCCAACCGUCUCCAGAAGCUUCCACCGGACCCCAUCUUUGCGCGCUCCCAAAGCAAUGUAGUGAUGAGCACUCCUUACGCACCUCCGCUUUCUCUAAGCUUUGGUGGAAAUCCAUUGCACUGCAACUGCGAAGUGCUGUGGCUUCGAAGGCUGGAGCGUGAGGAUGAUAUGGAAACAUGCGCUUCUCCUGCCAGUGUAAAGGGGCGAUACUUUUGGUCUGUUCGCGAGGAGGAGUUUGUCUGUGAGCCGCCCCUAAUCACGCAACAUACACACAAGCUACUAGUGCUGGAGGGCCAAACUGCUAGCCUGCGCUGCAAAGCAGUCGGCGAUCCGAUGCCAACUGUGCACUGGGUUGCUCCUGAUGACCGUUUGAUCAGCAAUUCCUCCCGAGCAACAGUAUACGAAAAUGGCACCUUGGACAUUACAGUGACCACAUCCAAGGAUUACGGGACCUUUACUUGCAUAGCUGCCAACGCUGCUGGGGAAUCAACGGCCUCGAUUGAGCUUUCAAUCAUUCAACUCCCCCAUCUGAGUAAUGGUACAAACCGUACCACACAGUCCAAGUCAGGGCUUUCGGACAUAACUAGCUCCACCAAGAUCAGUAAAGGGGAGCCUAAACCUCUGCCGGAGAAGGUGGUGUCUGUAUCAGAAGUGACCGCCGUCUCUGCUCUGGUCAAGUGGACAGUUACCAAAUCAACUCCAAAGGUCAAAAUGUAUCAGCUCCAGUACAACUGCUCUGAAGAUGAAGUCCUCAUUUACAGGAUGAUUCCCAUGACCAACAGAGCCUUCAUAGUCACAAAUCUUGUCCCAGGGAUGCAGUAUGACCUCUGUGUCUUGGCCAUUUGGGAAGACAUUGCCACCACCCUCACUGCCACCAACAUUGUCGGCUGUGUCCAGUUCAUCACCAGGGAAGACUACCCGCAGUGCCAGUCUCUUCACAGUGGCUUCCUAGGCGGCACCAUGAUCCUGGUCAUAGGUGGCAUCAUUGUGGCCACGCUAUUGGUAUUCAUCAUCAUCCUCAUGGUGCGGUAUAAGGUGACUAGUGGCAUCCAGACUAAUAAAUUACCCACUGUGAGCAACACAUACUCACAGACCAAUGGAGGGUUGAACAGGUUCAACGGUGCCCCGCCACAGGUCAAAUCCACCGUGGUGGUCAUGCGUGAGGAAAUGGUAGAGUUCAAGUGUGGAUCCCUCCAGAGUAGUCUCUCUUCAUCCUCAUCUUCUUCUAACUCAUUAGACAGCCAAACAGGAAGGGGGGCUGGCGACCGCUACAGCAUGCAGGGCAGUGAAUGCAGCACCCUGCCCAGCAAGUUCAGGAGGCACGGACACAGCGCCAAAGCACGGCCAAACCUGGACCACCUUUUAGGGGCCUUCACCUCACUGGAACUGCGAGGGGUAGCGAGGGACCACCAAGGGGCUUCUGGCCCCUCCACCACCUCCAAUGCUAUGAUAUCAGUGGCUAAGGCACCCCCGUCCGAUAAAGAACCCCUGCUCGGGAGGGCUGAGUCCACCACCAUGCUUGGACGUCUCCUAGGGCUGCCACAGGAGGGCAAGCCCAAGAGGAGCCACUCGUUUGACAUGGGUCAUGUGGGGGCCACACAGUGUCGCAGUAGCUACCCUCGCAGGAUCAGUAACAUCUGGACUAAGCGCAGUCUGUCUGUUAAUGGCAUGCUGCUGCAGUAUGAUGACAGUGAGGAUGAGAAGCCCACUUUUGAGAGCUCUGAGUGGGUGAUGGAAAGCACAGUUUGAGUGCAGUCGGUCUAACUGUGAGGUCCAUGGCCAAACAAUAAAUCUAUAUCAGGAACUAAAGGAACAUGAGUGUAGGGGCAGGGACGUUCCAGAGGGAAUCUGGCUUUGGGUAUUGCAUGAAGUUCAUCCAUGUGAAUACUGUCUAAGUAAUUAUGUGAGAAAAGACACUCAAAUCAAUAGAUUUAUGGCCAUGAUCUCAAGUCUCUGACCAUGUCUAACUGUAUCUGAAAUAUUGUUCCCAUUUAAAACAACAUGGAAUCUUGGAUUGUGCAGAUGGAAUAAUUCCUUAUCCACAGGGCACGUGAGAGUAUCUCUGAGAGAAAGGGGGGGUGGGAAGAUAGAUGAGAAAUUCAAAUUGGAUUUACUACGUUAUUAUCAAAAGAACUGAAUACCAAGAGGAUUUGCCUCGACUGUGGUGAACUGGAUGUGCAUCACAAUGUCUUGGACCGUCAGCAUGAAAUGGGACUACUGCAACAGUAGAAAGAAGGACAAGAGGAGUGAAGAGAAAAUUAAAACAAAGUCAUUUUUAUGUUCAUUUUCAUUUGACGUCAUCAGCAGACAGAGGCAUAGUUCUUUGAUGAGGUUAUAAUUGUCAGUGAUCAAAAAAAACAACACAGAAGUUAUAUACAGCUGUUUUACGUCAUCCAAUGGUACUUUCAGUCAAAUUACAAUCAGUCACAAAUUGAAAACAUGACUUAUUUUCAAAUAAGAGGAUGCUCCAAUGCUCUAGAUGUCGGUGACACUGAACCACAACAAGCCAGUCUUGUAUUUCUACCUCAGGUAAUGUAUCAUAUGAGGUUAUUUAUAUUUGAAAGCAAAUGGAAAUACAACAAAACCAAAUGCACAAGAUGGAUAACAAACAGCUCGGAACAAAAAGUCCUUUCCUUGAUUGGAAAUGCUUCAAAUAAUUAUUAAGUCUCCAACCAAUCAAUUUUAGUAUGUUUCCAGCUCAGGUUGAAUUCCUGAUGUAACAAAAAAUUCUUUGACACUCUCCGUUGGUUAACGCUGGUGAUCCCUGGAGGAGUGUAUGCCUUGAGGUAUGGUUUCAGAUGCUAUCAUCACAUGUUACAGCACAUAUUACAGUUGCCAGACAGGAAUAGUCUUUUAAAUCCAUCAAGUCCGCUUAAUCAUUUGCUUAAACCCACAGCAGGAUAUAUUAUCCGGCUAUAAUUCUCUUUAGGUAACACAAACAAGAGAGGACGACCAUUACUCAUUUAGCCGGUUUAAAUGGCAGAAUGAGUCCAAAUUGAAGUCUCUUACCUUGAUUAAGCUUAUUAUGCUUCUUAGGAGAGGAUGUUAAGUGAAGAGAAUGGCAAGGGCCAAACUGCUGAAAACUCCAGAUUGCAUGAUACAGAACCUUUGUUGGUUCAUGUAAUAUUGGAAUUGUUUCAUCAAAGGAACCAUUUAUCUUUCAUUCACUUUCAUACAGAGCUGUACAUUGCAGUAAGAUAACUGAAUUAGGGGCUGUUCAGAUUACUGCCUACGAUCAACGGACACAUCCCUACACAUUUUAAUGCCUUUCUCAAUAUCUUGUGGGUCUCUGCUGCAUUUCAAGAUGUGGGGUGGUCAUCAUUUUUUUAUUAUUGUUUUCUUCCUUGGGUGUAACGUUCUGUAUAUUGGCAUUUUUUUUGUACAAUAACUGGGUGAGAAUGUAAAGGGGGGGAUAUCGUGCAGUAGUACUUUUAUUUUUAUGUGAAGCAAACAGUGAGAAGGUGCUUUACUGUGGUGUACCAACUUGGUCAUUGUUUGUUGGCUCACUGAAAUGGGUUAUUACAUGAUACUACAAGAAGGACUGGCAGUUUUGGAUCAGUCCAACCAAAUAAUAAAAAUACAUAUUUUCUGACUUACUUAUAGUGGCAUCUAGCCAUGUUGCUACUCUUGGCUUAACUUGCCCGGGUUUUAAGAUGUUCUUCAGUGAGAUGCCUACCUCUUCCUCAAUACAGUUAGGUUAGAGUAACAUUUAUAUCAUAAUAGCUAUUAAUAUCUCUGGGCAUAUCCAUUCUUUAUGGGGAUAAAUAUUUCUAAUUUCUCUGUUUCAUGAAGCUCUAUUGGUGUCAAGAAAUACAAACAGGUGAAAUGUUCUUUCAUUCCCACCAACAUGGGUGUUUCCUACAUACAGUGCACAGUUCUGCUGCAGUAAAUACAAAAUGUGUAUGACAGUGUGAAAUUUGUCUAAAGGGAAACCAACAUGGAGAAUACAUUUUUGUAACCCAGUGAAUACUGACUUGUGUUUAAAUGGAACAGUGAUGUAAAAGAAAUUCCUUUGGAAAUCAACAACUCUUACGACUAAGAACUUUGUCUAUGUUUUUCCUGUAAUUAGUGCCAAAUUACAUGUUCUUCUAGGAACCUCCUAGAAAAUUACUGGGAAAUAAUGGACCCAUGUGAAAUGAAGCCUCACCACAGUUAUUCCUGACAGCAAAUUGUUUCACUGAGGCUUUUUAAUAUAAAUUUUGAGCUAUCUGGCCAAACAAAACAAAAUCCCAUUCACCUCUGCUGUAUUUGGGUAGAGGCAGAAAUCUCAACAAACCUGCAUAAAUAAAGCCCUUUUUCUGCAUGAGAUCCACGAGAAAAUGUUUUUUGUCGUUUGGGUGAACUGACCCUUUAACCUGCUUUCUCUGCUUGUGACAUCAUGUAACAUCCAUUUCCACUCUGCUAACUACGAAUACAAUUUAAGUGUGUACUUGACUCGAUGUAGUCAUGAUUCUCACCUGAGGUUCUAGGUCAAAAACAAGGAGAAAAAAACAUUUAUGUGUGAAAACAUUUUGCUACAAAAGAAUAUAAAA